AUGCAGUAUAAAUCUCCAUUAACUAAUUAUGAACGUGAUUCAGAUGACAAUAAACAUACAGAUGAAGAAAACAAAGAAGACAAUAAUAAUGAAGAACAAAAUGGUGAAGAUGAUCAAUCAAAAUCAAAUAGUGCUAGUGUAUUACAUAGUACUAGAGAAUCAGAUGCUAUUCAAAUGGAAUCUACUACAUAUACUGAACAAACAAUUAUUACAUCAGAUCUUUUAAUCUUUAAACCAGACGAUGCAUCACUAUCAUCUCAUUAUCCAUUAAUAUUUCCUGAAGAUGCUGAAAUUCGUAUACCACCAGAACCCGCAAAAAAUUGUUCAGCUAAAUUAGAGAAAAAAUUUGAAGAAUAUUAUAAACGAUUUAAAAAAACCGGUAUUGAUCAAAAUGUUGCUAUACAAGAAUUAAAAGAUUUUCGAAAUCCAUGUAUGUAUGAAAAAAUGAUUUCUCAUUUGGAAAUUGAUGAAAUUGGAACAAAUUUUCCACAAGAACUAUACGAUCCACAUUGGUGGGGUAAAGAAUCAUAUUAUGAAGCAUUAAGUAAAGCACAAAAAGAUGAAAUGGAUCGUAGAGAAAAAGAACGACGAGAACGUCCAAAAAUUGGAUUUACUCCAGGUGUUAAAAAAGUUGAUCAACUUGGUGUUGGUUCAUCGAAUAAUUCUGAUAUAAGUGGUGAAAAACGUAAAACUCGUUUUGAUCAAUGA